AUGGGGAAAUUGAAGAUGAAAAAAAAGUUAAAGAAAUGUGAGAUAUGUGAGAAAUCUCGAGCGAAGGGGAACAAAACGGAGGCAGUGUUUGGCUGGGGUGUAAAAAUGAAGAUUAAGCAUUACAGCAGCUUUCACAAGAUACUGUUAGUGGGAGAAGGAGACUUCUCUUUUGCGCUUUGUUUGGCCAAAAGUUUCGGGUCAGCUAGUAACAUGGUUGCAACUUCUCUCGAGGAGUUGAAGGUGAAGUAUUCAAAAGCUAUGAAAAACUUGAUGGAAUUGGAGAACAUGGGAUGCAAAAUCUUCCAUGGGGUAGAUGUACACACCAUGCUCCACCACCCUCAACUUACUAGGAUGGAGUUUGAUGGGAUCAUAUUUAAUUUUCCUCACGCUGGAUGCUCGAAUUUUCGUUGUUCGUCGGAGAAAAAGCAGCACCACAUUUUGUCGCACCAGAGUUUGGUGAAGGGGUACUUCAAGAGUUCAAGGGAGAUGCUGACCAGAAGUGGAGAAAUUCAUGUGACGCACAAGACAUCAUAUCCUUUCACUGAGUGGGAAAUAGAGAAUUUAGCAGAAGAGGCUGGCUUAUUUUUGGUUAAAGAAGAAAAAGAGUUCUCAAUAAGGGACUAUCCAGAUUACUUAAACAAGAGAGGUGCAGGGAAAUGUGAUGUAUAUUUUCACGUUGGAGAGGCGAGCACCUCCAGAUUUCCCAAGUGCUUGUACCCUCCAGCUGCUUCCAGUUUCCGGCCCGGAGCUUUGAGUAUUAGUACGUGGUCUGAUGACAUAGUCGAUAUGGCUUGCACUUAA